AUGGCCCCAGCUCCAGUGAGGGCCCCAUCAAUGCCCUCAGCACAGAUGGCAGCUGCACUACAUGCCCAGGCUGCAGAAAAGCUGCGCUUUCUGCGCCCCAUCCCCAGGGUGAAUGGCUGGUCCUGGCCCCUGAACGUGUAUCAGUGUGUGUCCUGGGUCAAUUUUCUCAUCCUGACGGUGACCACAUUGGGGAUUUUUAUUCCCUUUGUUUACAGAGACCUGCAAAUUUCCGCCUAUGUUCUGAUUGGAGGACUUUUCCUUUUCCAUCUGGUCACCAACUUGAUUGCUGCUACCAUUGAUCCAGCCGAGGCUACCGUACGGUACAAGAAGAACUACCUUGACCUACUUCCAACUUUUGACCGAUCGAAGCAUGAGCAUGUAAUUCAGAAUGAGUAUUGUCACCUCUGCAAAGUCAUUGUAGGGAAAACAUCCAAACACUGCAGUGCUUGUAAUAAAUGUGUGACCAACUUUGACCACCACUGCAAAUGGCUCAACAACUGCAUUGGCUCCAGGAAUUACUGGUUUUUCUUCAGCUCUGUGACCUCAGCCUUGGUCGGCCUGGUCUGUGUGUUAGCUAUUGACCUUUACGUCUUUAUUCGAUUACUCCUCGACUCGGAUGGGCUCCUUAAAGAUGCGCGGUUAUUAGGUUUCUGCACCAGGGUGUGCUGCUUCCAGGUGGGCUCCCCACCUGCAGGGGCGGUCUGCAGAGGGGACAGUGGAGGGGGCAGCUUGAUGGAGCUCUGCUAA